AUAACAUCCUCGGUGUUAUUAAUCAUUUACUAUUAGAAUAUUUUAGAUCAUAUCCUUUCGAAGUUAUACACAAUUAAUGGUAAUAUUAUUAUAUGAUACAAUUUUUUCGAAAAAUUCAUAAAUACAAUUAAUAUAACUACAAUACAAUAUAGUUCAGUUAAAAAGGUAAAAUGGGGAAUUUCAAGAAUAUAUUGACCAGUUUCGUUUAUUUAUUAAUUUUAUUCCCUUCUGGGUUCUUUUUCUCUGGAUCAAGCCUGUUUUGUGAAGCCAAAAAUGAAACCGACGACGUCAAAGUCCUCACUGAUGACACUUUCGAUAAAUUCCUCACCGAAAAUAAAUUAGUUAUGGUCAAAUUCUACGCUGACUGGUGUGUACAUUGUAAGAAUCUGGCUCCAGAGUAUUCAAAGGCAGCUAAGAUGCUCAAGGAUGAGAAGUCUGAUGUUGUCUUCGCCAAGGUCAGGAACGAAGAAGGUGUAAAUCUCAUGGAACGCUUCAACGUCAGAGGGUUUCCAACUCUCUAUUUCUUCAAAAACGGCACAGAAGUUGAAUAUUCCGGCUCCAGAGAUGCUCCCGGACUGGUAUCGUGGGUUAAAGAAUUGUCAACACCUGGAGUCAAGUUUGUCGAAGAUCCCUCAGUGUUGCCAAUGGACAAAGUUUUCGUUGUCUCCUAUUCAGAUUACAGUUUGUCAGACCUUGACUCUGGAUCAGUCUCUCCUCUUUUCCUCAAAUUCGUUAGAGAGUCUGACAAGUACCGCUCAUACUUUUCUUUCUUCAACCUCGCACACACCCAUAAGGACAAGAGUAGCUGGAACAAGUGGCGCACAACUGAAGAGUGGUCAAAAUGGAAGGAGUUUUCCCAAAAACAUAGUGACCUUAAGGAACUGACCGAAGCCUUGAGUAAGCAGGAAGAGGAAUACAAGGACAAGGAUAUGAAGGAAGAAUAUGUGGUCCACCAGCCUUCAGAAGGAUUCACGAGAUUCGAGGGAAGCACUGAAGACGAGCUUGAGAAGUUCCUAUCACGUGAAACUCUACCGCUAUUUGCUGAAAUUGACCAGGAAAACUACAUGAGGUUCAUCACCUCCGGAAUGGAUUUGGUCUGGUUCUGCGGUACAAAGUCAGAUUAUGACAAGUAUAAGGAUGUAUUCACAAAGGUGGCUCGUGUUCUCCGCCACCAAAGCACCUUUGUCUGGGUUGACUCAGAUAAGUUUGGAACUAUAAAAGAGGUCUUCUUACUCACCCAACUGCCAGCAGUGGCUUAUCAAACACCCACCGGACGUUAUCUCUUACAACCAAAUCAACAACAAUCUGUGAAAGAAGCAAAGUCGUACAAUUUUGACACGUUUGACUCACUUCUUGACUUCUACCACGAUGUGAAGAUGGGAUUAGUACCAAAAUCAGUAAGAAGUGAAGAGGAACCGAAGGAAAAUGACGGUCCAGUCAAGGUUGUUGUCGGAAACACCCUUGAGAAGCUGUUUGACUCAAAGAAGAACGUUUUGUUGAUGAUCCACGCGCCGCACUGCCAGCACUGCAAGAACUUCCUGCCUGUGUACACGGAGUUCGCAACUGUGAACAAGGACAACGACUCGCUGAUUGUGGCCAGCUUCAACGGUGACGCAAACGAGUCGAGUAUGGAGGAGGUCAACUGGGACUCCUUCCCAACUCUGCUCUAUUUCAAGGCAGGCGAACGAGUUCCCGUGAAGUUCGCCGGAGAACGCACUGCUGAAGGCCUCAGGGAGUUUGUCACGCAAAACGGCGGGUUCGUCGAAGAUAUCCACACUGAACUAUAACCUGUAAAAAAAUUCCUCAAUAUAUUUCAUACAUUCA